AUGGCCACCUACAAAUGUUUACCAGAGGCUAGUGAUAAGAGAUUGCGGCCACCUAUAUCGUUUUCAAGAUUUGUUCUGUCAGAAAUAGAAUUUCUGCUUACAGUGAAUGAAUCCCUCCCUGAAAAAGAUCCAAUGGCAUGUAUCGUGUGUGGUGAUGUUGCUACUGGACGUCACUAUGGUGCUAUUGCUUGUAAUGGUUGUAAAGGGUUUUUUCGACGAACAAUUCGACGAGGCUAUAAAUACACUUGCCGAUUCAAAUCUGAAUGCUUUAUUGACAAACGUAAGUAUCUUGAUUUGAUUUCCUGUUAAUU